GGACAGGGCCGUAGACAAGAUCCUCCGUGCCUUCCCAUCAAUAGGAGCGCCGCUAACCUCGAACGGGAAACGGAGUCGUCCCACCCCCACCGCUCACCGAGGAUUUUGCGGGUGGGAUUGGGCAGGCUCGACGGGCCUAGUUGGCGGCCUGCCCGCCCAGACGGCGGACCGCACAUGCACAGGCUGAGAUGCCUGGGGCUGCUGUUUUCUCUGUCGGCUGAGGACUCCGGCGGGUUUCGUCAAACGUUUUCGUUGCAGGUUGGAAAGUUUUCUUCAUCCAAUUCCCCUCCACUCACCCAGUGACCACCUGGAACCGCCGUUUGAGCACAUGACAUCACAACCCAAAAGUAAUCCCAACAACUUGUCUUCUAAUUAGUCUCCUCAGGUGAAUGGGGUAGUUGUUGACCUGGGGCCACCCGUCACGGAAGGGAGAACCGGGCGGACCUACCGGCGGCAGUGGCUUCAGCAGGCCGUCCACGCUUCUCCGUUCCGCCCACCAACCCCACAGCACACUCCACGGUUGACGCGUGCUUGCGACAAUCGCAACAUUGUGUACGAUCUGUCUCACUGUUGGUAAUACCUUAAUCUGACGGCGUAUCGCUGUGCGGGCAAUGGACGGUCACCACUAUGCGUCCAAUCUCCCGCUCGGGAUGGGUGUCCAGACAAGUGAUGCCAGGCUAGGCUUUGGUCAUCUUUCGAUCCAGGGUGGACCUAUCGGUAUGGACGCUGCGGGUGACCCAAUGGACCUCGACAUGGACUUCGAUGAAAUGUCGUGGGCCAUUGAUUUCAACUCACCCAUCAAUCACAUUGACCCCCAGCAGCUCCACUCGUUCGAAGUGAACCCGAAUUAUCAUCCACCGAACGGGCUUCCCUAUGACUACCUCUUUGCCGAAGACGAAGGUUACUUUCCUCCCUUUAACCCGCCCUUACCCAACAUCAACCACAGGCCUCCUGAGGAUGGGUCACACGACCUUGCCAGGGAGCGUCUUCGCAAGCAACUGUCCCUGCUGUCAAAGGGAUGGUGCGGAGACGAGAUUCGAUUCAAGAAUGUCGACCCGGCCAAGGCUGUCAUCUUGCAUACACUGGCUAUUGAGUUGGGGUUGGAGUACAACCACAACGUCCGUAGUCAAGAAGUACUGAUUUCACGCUUCGAACCCACCCAACUUCCAUCCGGGCCGCGGCCUUCGUCUGGGCGUUUAUCCACUUCACCCCCCCGCGCAUCUGUGGAACUAAACGCCGUCAGCUGCCUUCCUGGCGAAUCUGCAUUUUCACUAUCUCACUUUCAAUCGCCUCAGCUCCCACACUUUGAUGUAAGGGCAGCUGUUGCACCUAUCCAAGAAGCACCAUUACAACAACCACAACCCGACUCCAUAGUUGCCAAGCCUCACCAAGCGCUAUCACGUCAUCCGAGCCGCAGCGAGCGUAUCACUGACUCGAUCAGCAAGCAUGUCUCGACCCUCAAGGCUUCCGUUGCCAAGGGUGGGAGACGUGGACCGCUCACAGAGAACGGCCGACGAGGUAUGAGAGAGUUGGAGACAGUGGGCGGCGCUUGUUGGAGAUGCAAAGUCCUGCGUCGCAAGUGUGACCCUGGCACCCCAUGUCGGUGUUGCCUGCAAUUGGAAAGCGUUGCCAUGCCCAACCUGGGGGAAGACGCACCAUUGUGGCCUUCGAUAGGAUGUCGCCGUGGACCUCUUGGCAAUUCCCUUCCUACGCAGCUUCUUUGUCCCCUUCAGAGCCUGGAAUGUCAUCUAGCUUCAAGCAACAGCAGCCGCCGUUGCCGUUCAGUAGAUCUUGCUGAAAGAUGCCUACUAUCAGCCGAAAGUCAGCGGUUGGCAGAUAUGAAAGCCGUCUUUGAAGGGGCAUCGGACAAGCUGUCAAUCUGUGAUUUCGGGCUGAAAGCCUCCUUUUAUGCAUUCAUUGAUGCAGGUCGUUACCGUGAUAGGGACUCUCUACACCAACAGAAUACGCCCUGUGAUGGGAACCCUGUGACCUAUGCCGAGCUAAUUGCCAUCAUUGCCUGGGAGCUGUCCGAGAACAACGCUCUGCUGGGGUCGUUGCUUGAAAUCAAGUCUUGGGAGAACUUCAUGGGGAUGCUGGAGACAGCCUGCAUCUACGAGUCCGAGGUUGGCCAGACGUCGGUAGUCUUCCUCUCCAUGGUGUGUUUGAGACACUGUCUGGAAGGACUUCGACUCCACUCAGCACAGCUCUUGGUCCCCACGGCUCAUGACGACUGCAGCAGUGGUGACUGCCAGGUCGACUGCAUUCGCAAUCUCUACCGUCAGGUUACGGCGUACGUCGAUGAGCUUUCUGCUGUCAUGUUUAACAAGGAGAACAUGAGAGACCGAAGGUGGUGGCUGUCAACCUUCUACAGCCUAUGCAUUCAAAGCUAUGUCCGUCAUGCAUUAAUUGCUAUUGAGAAGCAGCUACGAUUCAAGCCAACGGAUGACGUGCCGGCCGAAGAUCUAUCGACUACACAGUAUCUGCAUUUAGCAGCGUUAUUGUUCACGGCUGCCUCGGCGAAGUAUGACCCACUCAUUGGUGGACGCCUUCAAUAUGCGUUGACAGACAACUCGGUCAUUCCUGAGACUUCAGUCCCCGAACUUGCCCAUUCAUCUGCCCGUGUGGCUUUCGAGGUGGAUCAGUGGGCCAGUAAUGGAAUCCGGACUUCAUAUCAAUUUCUGAGAAAGCUGUUGCAGAUCGGCAGUCUUGACUUUGUCGAACAACAAGUCAAAUGCCAAGGCCAGCAUCUGGAUGUAUCUGGCCACAAGAAGACUUCGUCUGUUGGAUCGGCAUCUGUGCAUUCCAUGCCAUCCCCCAUCUCACCAAAUGACGGCGCUUUUACAACAUCGACACGAUCCUCUCGCAUCUACUUACAAAGGAACUCCAUCGAUAGCAGAUUCUCAGCACAGCCAUCUACCAUCUUCUCGUCCAAUCUUAGCUCCGACAGUCUGGCUCAGACGUUAUCGACGGCACACACAAGCUUAUAUGAGCCUUCCAUCCUGACCAAUCCGCGAUAUUCAGCUGUAAUUGGGGAGGUUGAUCUGGAUAUGGUUGUCAGUGAAGGGGAGGGACUCGAGCCAGAAGAGAUUUUGAAGUUCGUGUGCGAAUGUUGCCCACGAGGGCCACGCCACUUCCGAACAUACGAGGAGCUAUCUGCACAUGAAGCCGAAAAGCCCCAUCUAUGCACCAACGCGCAGUGCAAGAAACGCUUCAAGUCACCCACCGAAGCCGAAAGACACAUCAAUGCUAUCCAUCUAAAAUCUGAAUCAUGGUCCUGCAAAGCUCUCACGCAUCCGCUGCUAGCCUUUCAUAUGGAAAUAUUCCCUAAUGGGGCGGUGUGGGAUGUGUGCGGGUUCUGUGGCGGUGGCUUUGCUCGAAAGACCUCGGCGAUAAAAGACGAAACGUUACCAUCUACAGCGGAAACUUCAACGAAGGCAGAUGCAGAAAGUAUUGAGAGAGACGAAGCAGAACUCAUCUCCCACAUGGAAAGAGUUCACAAGUUUGGGGAGUGCGAUCAGGAGAAGCAUUUCUACAGGGCUGAUAAUUUCAGACAGCAUUUGAGGAAUACACAUAUUGCGAAGCCAGGGAAGUGGUUGAAGGUUUUGGAGGGGGUGUGCAAGAUUGGAAAGGAUGGGCCACAAGGGGCGGUAUAGGCGAUGGUUUGGAGUUUUUUAGGUGAUACCUGGAGUGUGGUCAUCCUCUCGGUUUGAUUAUACCAUUUUGCGAGUCAUUUCUUUUCAUGAUGAUGAGACUUAAAGUCAGAGUUUGGGGUAUAGGUGGGAUCUCUUAGAGAUAUAGCGGCGUUUUUAUGCUUGAAGUAGUGAUGGAUGGGAUGGGAUGGCUCAGGCUGCCCUGGGAAAUUAAUCUUUGCUCUGGUUCCACACCUUUUCAUCACUUUAUACGACUGGCCCAUCUGAAACACAACUCGAGCGGUUUCUGCCCUUCAUUGACACACAGGAAAACAAUACUUUUUCAUGGACCAUAGAAAAGUCGUCAAGCUUCACUUUCCAUGUUAAUUCUACAUCUCCCCCGCCAAGGCAUCAUCCAACUCAGACUCUAGGUAUGGAAUGCUACCUCGGGGAUCUCCGCUGGCGAGAUACCUAUGAGAUCGUCCACUUGGACGAGUAUGUCUGAGACUUCCGAAUUCACUGGCAGUGGCUGGGAGGUUGUGUUACCAAUGCAUUUCGUGCGUUGUGAUUGGCGGCGGUCAAAGACAGGGCCCGACUUGACCAGGAGG